ACGAGAAAGGACCAUUAAGAGGUAAUCAAACAGCUUUUGGACGAAAUCCAAUUAUUUUACCUCAACUUGAACCACUAAAUUUGGAGAAUGAAGUUGGAGAAACAGAUGAUGCAAAUGGAUUUGGUACUGGUAGAUUUCCGAUUGAUGAAUCUGGCCUGAUGGAAUUUGGUGGCGGUAAACCACCACCGGUUGAUUUUAGUCAGGCAUCUGUUGACAUUUUUGAUAACAGUGAUCAUAAGCAAUCGACAAAUAGUCCUGAUAGCGCAACAACAAAAAAAAUGGACAGUACAGAUUCACCGAUUGAAACAACAAAAGCAACUUCAUCACAAUCUGAGGAAUAUUUUAGCGUAACAUCACCGGCUAAUUCAGAACCAGAAUUGAAAAAUUCCGGAUUGCUUCCUGCAUUACCGCCCUCUGAUUUUGAUGGUGAAUUUGGAACAGGAAAAGGAUCAAUAUUAGCAGAUGCAUUUCAAGAACCACCAGCAAAAACUGGUAAUGAAAUCAAAGAAUCGAUAUUCACCGGUGAUUCGGCAUUAACACCAAAUCGAAUUGGUCCAACCGGUGAUGGUCUUGGUCCCCCAAUUCCAUCCGGUGCAGCUAUACCACCGCCGGUACCAGCAGUUGGAAUUGGUGGUGCUGCAGCCGGCAUUAUACCCACAUUAUCAGAUCGUUUCCUUAAAACGCAAAAUCCGCCUACAACGAUUAAACCUUCUGCACUAUUAAAUUUUCUAAGUAAGGCAGAUAUUGGUUUCAACCAGGCGAUCAAUCAUUUUGAGCAGGGUACACCGAUUGAAUCCGCUGCAAUUGAUAUUUUGGAAGUUGCACUGGGUAGCGAAAAAUUGGAUAGUCAAGCUAAAUUGCUAGGUCACAUCGAUCGAACCAUUGGUAUUGAUAAUUUGCAAAGGUUGCAGCGAUGGGUAAAUACAGGUGGUGCAUUGGAUGCUAUCAAAGAACAGCUUCUAAAAUUUGCCAAGAACUACAGUAUACCGGAGAAUUUGCUUCCUACUGUACCACCGCAGCUGCAGUACCUUUUUGCUCCGGGAAGGAAACAGUGA